CGGUUUCUGUGUGGGGGAGGCUAUGGGGUCCAUCUAGUACCUAUAAAGGUCUCUGCUACAGAGACCCUAUGCAGUAAUUGCAGCCAGGCUGGGAUGACCCACAAGGUCGUCUUGAGUCCAUGAACUACUUUUUGCUAGUAAAUACAAAUGUUUCAGUGUACAUUUCUUUCUGUGGUCUAAACUAAAAAGUUAGGUCAACCCAGCUAAGUCGUUCAGGAGUAUGAAAAAUCCACACUGGUGCAUGACUAGUUAAGUCAAUGUAACCCUCUCGUAGACAGCUCUAGGUCGAUUGAAAAAUUCUACCAUCGACCUAACUAUCACCUCUUGAGGUGGAUUAGCCAUCCCCAUGGGAAAACUCCUCCUACUGGUGUAGGUAAUGUCUGCACUGAAGUGCUACAGUUUCAAGUGUAGAUAAGCCCUCAUGAUAAAAGGCAAUGUAUUAGACAGGGUUUGGGUGCUUCCUAUCUUGCAGCAUCCCUCUCUCCCCCUAGCUCUAUGCAUCCAUCACAGGAGUUUUAUGGCCUACAGAGGUUCACAUAUUUCAUUACAUCUGUUCUACUGAGUGGAUUUUCCCCCCUCCCGCUCUCUCUUCUGCAGGAUUAUUUUCAGGACCCAAUUAUGAGUGAUCAAAUCAAAUCAAUUGUUGAGAAGCUCAAUAAGGAGCCUUUUAAGAAGAACUAUAAUUUAAUCACAUUUGACUCACUGGAGUCAAUGCAGCUAUUGCAGCUUCUCAAUGAUGUUCUGGGGGAGAUUGACCCAAAGCAUGUUGUUGACAUAAGAGAGGAGAUGCCAGAGCAAACAGCUAAACGAAUGUUGAGCCUUCUUGGUAUCCUUAAAUACAAACCUCCAGGAAGUAUUACUGACUUGAGUACAUUCCGCCAGGGUUUAGUUAUUGGAAGCAAACCUGUGAUUCAUCCUGUCUUAUACUGGCUCCUUCAACGGACUAAUGAACUCAAGAAAAGAGCCUAUCUGGCACGUUUCUUAAUUAAACUUGAAGUGCCAGCUGAGUUUCUUCAGGAUGAUACUGUGGCCGACACCAACAAACAGUAUGAAGAUCUGAUGGAAGCCUUUAAAAACUUGCAUAAGGAAUGUGAGCAGCUCAAGACUUCUGGCUUCUCCACUGCAGAAAUAAGACGGGAUAUCACUGCAAUGGAAGAGGAGAAGGAUCAGCUCAUCAAGAGAGUGGAGCGUCUUAAGAAGAGGGUGGAGACGGUGCAAAACCAUCAACGAAUGCUUGAAAUAGCAAGACAGCUUCGAGUAGAGAAAGAGAGAGAAGAAUCUUUAGCCCAGCAGAAGCAAGAACAAAAGAAUCAGCUGUUCCACGCAGAGCAGAGGCUGCAAAGAGUGCAGCUCCAGCUGAAAGAUAUGCAACAUGCAGUGGUGGAUUCAAAACCUGAAAGCUUAAUGAAGAGACUGGAAGAGGAGAUAAAGUUCAAUUCAUAUCUGUGCUCUGAAAAGUUUCCUAGAGAACUAGAAAGUAAGAAGCAAUCAUUGUAUUUCCUACAAAAAGUGGUUUCAGAGCCAGCUAUGGGUCAAUCUGAUCUCAAUGAACUUGAAACUAAGAUAAAUGAAGUCAAUGCUCAAAUUAAUCAAUUGAUUGAAAAGAGAAUGAUGAAAUAUGAGCCAAUUGAUAGUAAAUUUUCCAUGUAUCGACAACAGGCAUCCAUCAUUUCUCGGAAGAAAGAAGCCAAGGCAGAAGAGCUUCAGGCUGCCAAGGAGGAGAUGUCAAACAUGGAGAGGCAAAUGUUACAGAAAGCAAACCAGGCCCGUGAGUUGGAUGGCACAGAAGUUUUGAAAGGUGAUGAGUUUAAACGAUAUGUUAAUAAACUUCGAAGCAAGAACACAUUUUAUAAAAAGAAGCGUCAAGAAAUAGCAGAAAUUACAGCCGAGUACGGUAUCCUACAGCGAACAGAAGAACUCCUAAAACAACGUCAUGAGGCUAUUCAGCAACAGUUGCAAGCUAUUGAGGACAAGAAGGGUAUCUCUGGAUACAGUUACACACAGGAGGAGUUGGAGAGAGUAUCUGCAGCAAAGAGCGAGAUGGAUGAAAUGAAGGGACGAACAUUAGAUAACAUGUCUGAAAUGGUAAAAAAACUGAAUGCUAUGGUGGCAGAUAAGAAGUCAAGCUUAGCUCCAAUUAUCAAAGAAUUGAGACAGUUGCGGCAGAACUGUCAGGAGUUAACCCAAGAAUGUGAUGGAAAAAAAGGCCAGUAUGACAGCUGUGCAGCAGGUUUAGAAAGUAAUCGCUCCACACUUGAACAGGAAGUAAAAGGGCUGCGUGAGGAGUGUAUUCAGGAAGAAAGCUGCUAUCAUCAUACUAACUGCAUGAAAAAGAAUCUAGAAAUACAACUUCAACGUGCUAAAGAUGAGAUGAAGACAUAUGUUUCCCCAGAUCCACAAGACAGAAGAAAAGCAAUUAGAGAACAAUAUACACGAAUGAUCCUUGAACAAGAAAACCUUGGGAAGAAACUACGAGAGAAACAAAAAGCUGUGCGGGAAAGUCAUGGACCAAAUAUGAAGCAAGCUAAAAUGUGGCGGGAUUUUGAGCAACUGAUGGAGUGUAAGAGAGAGUGUUUUCUAAAGCAACAAAAUCAAACUUCUGUUGGUCAAGUCAUUCAGGAAGGUGGCGAGGAUAGGCUGGUAUUAUGAAUUCGUUUAGAAUUCCUGCUUCUUACCCCGUCAUUUCCUCAGAUCGUUCAAUUGAAUAUUGCUUUGUUUUCUCACUGUUUCUACAUAGGUUACUUUUAAAUUAUUUAUUUUCAGUGGGUAAUAUAAGGUUGAAAUGAACUUCCAUGCAAAAAACCCUCUACAUUAUUUAAGUGCCAGGUUAAUGGCUUAAGUCAUAUGGAGGGUCUUCGGUGAGCCUUCUGCACUGAGGUGAAUUUCACUGUAAAGUCUAUGGAUCUUCCCAAAGAAACCAAGGGGACGGAAUCCUUUCCCAAGGCCACAGAAAGCUGGUAGAGCUGCUCUUCAGCUGUUACUGUCGCCCUAACACUACAUUUCUCAGGGGAAAGGAUAGGAAGUUCUGGUCCACCCAUUUCCUAGCUCGGCCCUCUCCUUCCUGCCUUGCCUGAAUUCAUUCACUAUGUGCUGGUAAGCAUGGAGCCAUUGCAGAACCAAGCUCCACGCCAUGCCAAAGGUGCACACACUCCACUCCCAAUCUCCUUACACAACUGAAGUAAACUGAUUGUGCUGCCAGAGGGACCCUUCAUUGGCACAAAGACAGAAGCAGGAUUUGAGAACAAUUACUUGGAUUCUGAGCUUUUUCCACUUUUUUCUUUUUAAAUAUGUGCUGUCUUCUAACUUUGCCCUGUGGUUGUAUGUUACCCUCAUGAAAACUUAAACUGGGGCCUAGGAAGAAAUACAGGCCUAGGGUUUCCCCUGCACUGAGGCAGCUUUGUGCUGCUUUAUUUAUGCAAAGUGAUUCUAAAGCAGUGAUAGCUGCCCACAGGAGGAUCAUCCCAGUGUAGGGGCAAUCCUCCAGUGAUGUAGAUCUGGCCCAAUUCUUCCGACAUAAAUUAGGAAAUGGAGAAGUGUUUGUGGACAAGACUUCCCUGCACCCUGACUAGUUGUCAGAAUAGCCCCUGGAGGUCACUGGCAGCCUUCAGACUGUUCUGAGACUUCAGUGGAUCCAUCUGGUGCACAGCUGGCCCAGGAUCAGAGGAGUGCAAAAAUGGCUUGAAACUCUCCUUCACCCCUCCUGAUUUUUGCUGUGCUCCUUGGCCAAACAGACAAGGGUCAGAGCUAUAAAGUUAUGUCAUGAAGAUCAAAAUUCUUACUGCUUUUCUUAUUUUCUUUUGGCCUGUAGAAAAGCCAUUUGGAAAUUUCUAUCCUGUUUGAAAUAAAAUUGACCUAAUUUUUAAUAGUACCUUCAGUGUUACUUUGGAUAUAACAAGUAUUUUAGCCUUCUCUGAUAUUUAACUAUACAUCCACUUGCUGCUUUUUGUGUGAACCCCUUCCCUAACCUGUAUUUGCAUUAAAUAUAUUUAACAGAAAUAGAA